AUGCCAAGCUUGACCGCGCUCAACAACCCCGAGACCUUAGCCUCCUCCAUAAUUGUCAAGAAGAUCGAGUCUCAAAAGAAGAAGAACAAUAACGGCAAUAAACGCCCCUCUCACGAUCAGGCUGAAGGAAAAGUCAGUGAAGCAGCGCCUGCCAAAGUCGAACGCAGGGAAGGACCCUUCUGCUGGGGACGGUUCGAGGGAAUCUCUUAA